AUGGUCUUACACUUGUUGGGCAAAAAGUCUUGGAACGUUUACAAUCGAGACAACGUUGAUCGCGUGCGUCGAGAUGAAGCCGCCGCCCAAGCCAGAGAGGAAGAGGAUGAAAGACGCAUGCAGGAAGAAGAUGCUGCUCGUCGGACUGCUAUCCUGAGAGGUGAGGUGCCGCCACCAAUAACAGCAGCAUUGCCACCUGGAGAAAGCGAUGGUGCUCGCCGGCCUCGACACGGUGAUGAUGGUCGGGAUCGCAAACGAAGGCGUUUGAGAGGCGAGGACGAUACCGACAGAGAGAUGAGGAUUGCCAAAGAAGACGCCGCUACUGGAGCUGCUGUCCGCGAAAAGCUGAGCAACAGCGAAAGAAGCAAGCAUGAAGACGAUGUGUCACUGACAGAUCACGCUGGUCACAUUCAACUUUUCGCAGCACCUAACGAACGUGCUCUACUGGCCAACUCUCGCAAUGCCGAAGCAGAAGCUGAGAAGGCAAAGAAGGCGCGUGAGUUUGAAGAUCAGUACACCAUGCGCUUCUCGAAUGCGGCUGGAUUCAAGCAGUCGACAUCCUCGGCACCAUGGUAUGUUUCGUCGAGCAAACAAGGUACCGAAAACCGGGAGCCCAGUAAGGAUGUCUGGGGGAAUGAAGACCCAAGUCGUAGGGACAGGGAGCAAACAAGGUUGACUUCCAACGAUCCCAUGGCAUUCAUGCGCAAAGCACAGACGCAGCUCAAGCGGGCCGAGACGGACAGGGAGAAAUGGAAGACGCAGAAGGAACGCGAAUUGAGAGAGCUAGAACAAGCCGAGAGAGAAGAGAGGCGGAGGAGGAGGAGAGAGCGUCGACACAAACGUGACCGCAGAGAAAGAAGUCAAAGCGUGGGCAGUCUUGAAGGCUUCUCACUCGAAGACACAACCAGACAUGACAAGAAAGAAGAAACGCGCAGCCGUGGCGACAAGAGAGACUCGAACAGGCGGCAUAAGAGCCAAAGUCGAGACGGAGAUCACAGACACCGUUCUUCGCACCGUGUAUCACGUCAAUUACUUCGUCGACGGUCAAGGAGCCCCAUUGGAAGAUCUAGCAAAUAA